AUGAGAGUGCGAUCGCCUCCUUCGGCUCUCUUGCUACUUCUUCUACCUGCAAUUGUCUCCUCAGCAGCGAUUGAACCAAAAGCGCAAGAUGGAGUACUUGCAGCCAAGGCACCGGUCGCUGGCGCCGUAAAGGACUACACUGCCAUCACCACUUCGAACGCACGUGCACCAACACAAAAGCCGGUUGUUGGUACGAAAGAUGCUCCUGUAGACGGUCAGGAUGGAAAGCCGCAUGCAGGACCAUUUGUCGACAUCACCCCCGAAGACAAGAAGAAGCCUGCAGCUGUCGCCGAGGAUCUGGUGAAGCCUCUGCCCACAUCUCUUUCAAAGUUGAAGGGAAGCGAUGCCACAGAUUUCGAUUCCAUCCCGGAGAAGAAUGACGGAGUUAUGGAUGAUGUGAACCGCCUAUCCCCCAAGGAGGGCACCACUGGUACUGAGGGAGGCGUUACCGAGAGAAACAAGAAAGAGAAGGAAGCACAAGGUCAGACUGGCGAGAAGGUGGAGAAGAAGCCAGAGACACCAAAAGAAGCACCUCCGCUUCCUCAUAGCGAGGAGGAGCGCAUUAGCAAGGACUCGCCAGAAAAGGUCAAGGACGCAAUCAACCCCGUUGGCAAGCCCAAGGGUGCUCAAGGACUUGAGAAACCGGCCGACCUCCCCGAGAAGCCUCACGAGAUCACACCCAAGAAGGCUGCAGAGUUGGAAUCUGAAAAGAAGGACACAUUUGCACACGCAGCACCAGUAGACACCGGCUCUUCAGGAACACUGACCCAUACCGUGGGCUCUACACUGAAAGACACAUUGCCCUACACCGAAGGCAAACAACCGACACCACUUCUUGCAGGAGACGAAACUGAGGGCAUUAUCCAGCCUUUCCAUUCUUUCGUUCUCGCAUUCACCAUGAUCAUCUUCUCCGAGAUCGGUGACAAAACUUUCCUGGUCGCUGCGCUUAUGGCCAUGCGUCAUCCUCAGCUUGUGGUUUUCUCUGGUGCAUUCUCAGCUCUUAUCGCCAUGACUGUACUUUCUGCUGUUCUCGGACACGCAGUACCAACACUUCUUCCCAAGCACUUGACGGCAUGGCUUGCAGCUGGUCUCUUCCUUGUCUUUGGUGGUAAGCUGUUGCGCGAAGGCCUCGAGAUGGACAAGGACGCUGGUGUUGGAGAAGAGAUGCAAGAGGUCGAAGCUGAGCUGGAAGAGAAGGAACACCUCGCGCGCAAAGAGGGUCGAAGAAGAUCAUCGGUUUCGCCAUAUGUUCUCGAAGCCGGUCGUGGCAGAAGAUCUGGCUCGCGUCACAAGUUCCCUGCACGCGCACAAUCUCCUCUGUCCGAUGACUCGAGAUCACCCUCGCCUUCCGGACGUGGAGCAAAGGCUUCGGUGAGCAACGCGCUUGGCGGACUUAACAACCUUCUUGGUCUUCUUCUUUCUCCUGCAUGGGUGCAGACCUUCGUAAUGACUUUCCUUGGUGAAUGGGGUGACCGAUCUCAGAUUGCUACCAUUGCCAUGGCUGCUGGACAAGAUUACUGGUGGGUGACAGGUGGUGCUAUUGCAGGCCACAUGAUCUGCACUGGUAUCGCUGUCAUUGGUGGACGUGCUCUUGCUGGUAGAGUGAGCUUGAGAGUUGUCACCUUGGGUGGAGCAAUUGCCUUUCUGGUCUUUGGUGUCAUCUACUUUUUCGAGGCUUUGUACGACUAG